CAUUUAAAGCGAGGCUUCCCGGAAGCCACACGUGCGUACUCGGAACAAAGAGUCAAAAACAACCGGCGUGAGUUUCACCUGUCAAGUUGCAGACCACUGUAAUUCUCCGAAAUGGCACAAACGAAAAGACCGAUCUCUGAUGCCAGUGAUAUCCUGGAAAAUGUGAAAGUAUUGCUACUCGACGUAGAAGGCACUACAUCUCCAAUUUCGUUCAUGAAGAAUGAAGUCAAUCAAUAUGUAACUGAAAAUAUACAAGAAUAUUUGACUAAGAAUUGGGAAUCUGAGGAGCUUCAGAAUGUCAUUACUUCACUAAGAGAACAGGCGCAACAAGAUAAAGAAGCUGGCACUGAAGGGGUGGUUGAAGUCAAGGCUGCUGAUGAUCCCCAGGAGGAGGUGAUUGCUAGCAUUACAGAGAACCUAAAAUGGCAGAUGAGCCAGGAGAAGGCAACAACAGCAGCCUGUCAGCUUCAGUCCCAGAUUUUGAGGGAGGCAUUUAAAAUGGAGAAGAUGAAAGGAAAAUUGUUUGAUGAUGUGGUGCCUGCCCUAAAAGAGGUUGCCACUGACAGCAGACAGGUGUAUCUGUUCUCCACUACCAGCAUGGAUGUACAGAAAUUACUCUUCACAUACUCUGCACAAGGAGAUAACUCAAAGUGUCUGUCUGGUUUUUUUGACUCUAAAGUCGGGGCAAAGACUGAAAUGGAAAGCUAUAAGAACAUUAUCAAUGACAUUGGGGUUAAGCCGGAGGAGACGCUCUAUGUGACAGACAUGCCAGCAGAGGCUCAAGCUGCUGGUAAAGCUGGUAUUGGUGUGUUUCUGUUGAACAGACCAGAGAACCCUGCUUUAUCUCAGGACGACCUCAAGGAUUACAAUGUUAUCUCCUCACUGACUGAACUCUACGCCAGCAAUGAGGCACCUUGUAAGAAAGCAACCAAUGGGGCCGAUGUGGCCCAGGUCGAGGGUGAGGAGGCGGAGGCUGAAGAUGAGGAAGGCGAAGAGGAUGUAGUUGAUGAUGAAGAGGAGGAGGAUCUGGAUGGAGAGGACGAAGAAGGAGAAGAGGAGGAGGAGGAAGAAGAAGCGCAACAAGAUAAAGAAGCUGGCACUGAAGGGGUGGUUGAAGUCAAGGCUGCUGCUGAUCCCCAGGAGGAGGUGAUUGCUAGCAUUACAGAGAACCUGAAAUGGCAGAUGAGCCAGGAGAAAGCAACAACAGCAGCCUGUCAGCUUCAGUCCCAGAUUUUGAGGGAGGCAUUUAAAAUGGAGAAGAUGAAAGGAAAAUUGUUUGAUGAUGUGGUGCCUGCCCUAAAAGAGGUUGCCACUGACAGCAGACAGGUGUAUCUGUUCUCCACUACCAGCAUGGAUGUACAGAAAUUACUCUUCACAUACUCUGCACAAGGAGAUAACUCAAAGUGUUUGUCUGGUUUUUUUGACUCCAAAGUCGGGGCAAAGACUGAAAUGGAAAGCUAUAAGAACAUUAUCAAUGACAUUGGGGUAAAGCCGGAGGAGACGCUCUAUGUGACAGACACGCCAGCAGAGGCUCAAGCUGCUGGUAAAGCUGGUAUUGGUGUGUUUCUGUUGAACAGACCAGAUAACCCUGCUUUAUCUCAGGACGACCUCAAGGAUUACAAUGUUAUCUCCUCACUGACUGAACUCUACGCCAGCAAUGAGGCACCUUGUAAGAAAGCAACAAAUGGAGCCGAUGUGGCCCAGGUCGAGGGUGAGGAGGCGGAGGCUGAAGAUGAGGAAGGUGAAGAGGAUGUAGUUGAUGAUGAAGAGGAGGAGGAUCUGGAUGGAGAGGACGAAGAAGGAGAAGAGGAGGAGGAGGAAGAAGAAAACUGAAAAGACUCCGAAACAAUUGACUUUGGAGGAUGACUAUACCUCAUCAUAUUCUGAGAUAAAUAGACUUUGUUCUAGAGUAUUUAUAUCUUAAUAUAGAAUGCAGCAUAUUUUUAGACUGUCCUACCACAAAGUCUGAGUUGUUCAGAGUGUUUGUACUUAAGAUUGUUUAGUGGAAAUUCAUUUAUAUAUAUUUUUGUAGGCAAGUUAUAGGUAUAUUGUCAGUUACAUGAUCUCGCUACUAUUCUCCAGAACACUAAGAUGAUUUGGUGUAACUGAGAGCUUUACAUAUUAUCUAUUACUACAGCACUGUAGUUUUUUCCUGUACUAAUAUUAUAUUUUAUACAUGUUGUGCACAUAAAUGUUUUAGAUGGCA